GGACGUACUAUAAGGGGCUGCCUGUGGGACAGGCAACUUCUAAUAGCUGCCUGCCUUGCUCUGUGCUGGAACCAUGGGGCUUGCCCUGCUGUGUGGGCUGCUGCUGCUGCUGGCUGAUAUGACUCCAACCCAGGGUGGGCUCCUGAAUUUGAACAAGAUGGUCAGACAUAUGACUGGGAAGACAGCGUUCCUCAACUACUGGCCCUAUGGCUGUCACUGUGGACUUGGUGGCAAAGGAGAACCCAAAGAUGCCACAGACUGGUGCUGUCAAAAACAUGAUUGCUGCUAUGCGCACUUGAAGAUCGAUGGCUGCAAGAUCCUGACAGACAAUUACAAAUACAGCAUUUCUCAGGGUGUCAUCCAGUGCUCUGACAAAGGGAGCUGGUGUGAGAAGCACUUGUGUGCCUGUGACAAGGAGGUGGCCUUGUGCCUGAAACAAAACCUGGACAGCUACAACAAGCACCUGCGUUUAUACUGGCGGUCCCGCUGCAAAGGCCAGACUCCCACAUGCUAGGAGAGUCCACUCUGUCUGUCCCCUGGAAUCCACCCUGCUCCAGGGUACCUCAAGCAUUGAAGCCCUGCAGG